AUGACCAACACAAAAGACGCCGAGACCGUCGAGGUCAUGCCCGAGAUCCGUGCCCAGGAGCAGCCCAUCGCCAGCAGCCGCAGAGUGACGGUGCGCCUGGGAGACGACGGCCCCAACUCGACACGAUCAGACAUCCGCAUCUCCCACGGCAGCAAAAAAGACGCCCUCUCUAUCCAGCUCAACCGCACAAUCCGCGUUCCCGAUAACAGGGACACCAACAGCCUUCCCCCCGGUCUCGGAACCUUCCCUCUAUUCAAGGUCCACGACUACGCACACAAUAUGCCUCCGGACAUGGCCAAGAAGGGCGGCAUCUUCUUCCCAAUGUACCAGCGCGAGGCCAUGUGGGUCAACUUCUCGGCCCAGGCCCCUUUUGCCAUCAAGAUCUACGUUGGCGGUGUCAAUGCGGUUUCCGGCCUGCCCAUGACGGAGAACGAAAAGACGCUCGAGAAGCGCGUGCGGAUGCUCAACAGCGGCAAGCAGAUCCAGGACUACAUGGUGGUACCUGACCAGAACUGGCUGGACGGCAUCGUAUCAGAGGACGGCAAGAUCCGCCAAUUCGUCGCGCAGCCCAAGGGAUCGGGCUUCUCGGUCGAGGCCCAGGUCACCGGGGAGGAGAACAUUGGCGGCAUCCAGUUUGAAGUGAUUCCCAUCAAGAAGAAUCUUCCGACCGAGUUUGACGUCCGCUACGAGGACAAGCAGCACAAGGUCGUCACCCGGACCUUCAACGUUGCCGAAAAGGGUCUCACCGGUGAGAGCACCUGGCUGGACGUCAAGAAGCUCGUCCGCGACGAGUUUGACAUUGCUGUCGAUCAACAGCGUCUCAGCGACUACAACAACCGCUCGGGCUUUGACAAGUACCGAAUCGACUUUUCCGACAAUACCAAGCUUGGCGACACCUACUUCCCACCAAACUUUUCGACCGUCAGCGUCGUGCACGAUACGCCAAUGCGAGGCCGCAUGCGCAUGAUGGGAGGUCUCAAGUCCAUGGCGGCUCCUGGCGGCGGUCCCGAGAUGAUGAUGUGCGCAGCUUCCGUCUCCAGUCCUAUGGCGGCACCACCUCCGGCAGUCGAGGAGAUGGGACUUGCGGCUGGUGGUCUCAUCACCCAAACGAUCGAGGAAGAUAAGUAUCCAGCCGACGUCUGGGACGUCGAGGCCUCGGUGAUGUUGAACCUUCAGAUCCUGAGCAUCGAGUCCUUCUGUGCCGUGACUGGACAGCCGGCUCCCGACACCCCAGUCAACGCCCAGUCAUACGCCAACCACGGCUAUCCAUUUUUUGAGAUUUGGGGAGAGGAGAAGACGGGCAUCAAGGGGGACUUUUCCGAGGUGAAGAGCGUGGCGCAGAUCGAGGCCGAGCGAGCCGCAGCGGCCGGCGAGGAGUACAAGGAGGAAGAGAGCGUGCCGGUGAGGGUUGUGCAGCUGGGCCCCUUCCGAAGCACAUUCCGGCCUGUGGAGGUGCUGAACAAGGAGCUCGAAGGGCUACGCUUGGAGUAA